AUGACUACCACAUACAAAACUUUACGAAGCAGCGUCUCCAUAAAACUUUGGAACCCGGUCAGGAGGUUCAGGCCAGCAGUUGAGUUAGCUGGUCGAUCAUUCGAUCUUUCUGUGGUUGUUUACUAUCACGAUAACAAUAACAUUUAUUAUGCCCAUAAGUUAUUUAAUCAGACUAUUAAUCUUUAUGAGAUUGAAGAGGGCGUAGACACACAGUUAAUAUUCCUCGUUGUUCUGGUGAUUGCUCUCAGUAUUGCAGUACUCAUUGGCGCGUGGCACUGGUUCACUUCAAAGGCUCAUCGUCGUCAGCCUACCAAACAGUCUUCGAAGUUGGUCGAAAAUAAUUCUGACAGCAGUGUAGUGGAGAAUGAAUAUUUAGCACUGAUCAAUGAUAAGUCUCAAGCGAAGAAAGGUAAUUUAGUUGAAAUUCACUUUUGGCUGUGAGGAAUAAUGUGCAGUUUAAAUUUUAAAUCAAGUAUUCUGAUCAUAUUGUCACGCUGAACUCAACUACAUUCAUCUGAAUGUAGUGAUAGUUUUUACUAAAUUUAUAAAGUAAUCGAACAACUGUUAGUCCAAAACUAGAGUAUUUCACAUAUUCCAGCCUGGUGGUUCCUGUGUUGUUGUCGAAACAAUGUUAAUUGUUGCCAUUCUAAUCUCUCACUACUCCAGUAACUUCAGUUUCAUUUCAUAUACGUAUAAAUCUUACAAAAGUAUAUCAGCACGGUCGACUAGUGUUUCUAAAGAGUCCUUUUGUUCACGCGAGCUAGGCAUGUACAGUGGGUACCAAUCCACAUUAAAGCCAUGGUAAUUUACUACCCGUCUCAUUCACGUGAACUGUCUUCAAAGUACUCCCUACUUGACGUUGCAGAAAUUCUCGGCUUAAAUGAACUGUAUCCUUAUUGUUAUUUAGCAAUGAACUUUAACAUAUGUUUAACCUUUUUAGGUCGAUCUGACCAGACGGUACG